AACACUUUCUUCUUCUCCAAAUCAAAUUGUCGGAUCAUUCUCUCUCUAUUGAAAAAUGUCAGGCCGAGGUAAGGGAGGCAAGGGGUUGGGAAAGGGAGGUGCUAAAAGGCAUCGUAAGGUUCUUAGAGACAACAUCCAAGGUAUUACGAAGCCAGCCAUUCGUCGUCUGGCCAGAAGAGGUGGAGUCAAGCGAAUCUCUGGUCUGAUCUAUGAGGAGACAAGAGGGGUACUAAAGAUCUUCCUUGAGAAUGUUAUCCGUGAUGCUGUCACUUACACUGAGCACGCUCGCAGGAAGACUGUCACCGCCAUGGAUGUGGUUUACGCCCUUAAGAGACAGGGCAGAACCCUAUACGGUUUCGGCGGCUAGGGUUUUAACCCUUUUAGUUUCACGUGAAUUGUUUCAUUAUGUUCCUUAUCUGUCGAUUUAGUUCUAGUGCGUCUUCUAUAAACUAAAUGUUAUCAAGAUUUAAUUGAUGCCCCACAUUAAAUCUUGGAGAAUUGAUGUCGAUGUAGAAGUAGAUUGAUGGGUUUUAAUCUUCUAUGGCCAAUACAGCCAUUAAUCGCUGAAUCCAUGCCUAUAGUUUUCUUGUUCUUCCAUUCAUCAAUUGUUGCUAAUUUGACAUCAUUUUGUCGA